AUGGCGCUCUACAACAACACUUCGAGUCCGUUUCAGGACAUUCUAUGGGACGCCCCGUACAGCCAGGGUCACAUCUGGGACAAUUCUUCGACGUCCAACGCGACCGAAGACGUCAUGGGUCAAGGAAAGGUGGAACUUCAAGAUUUCAGUGACUCCGGAUAUACAACAAUCGCUACGUGUCUGGCACUUAUAGGAUUUGUGGGUUUCACGAACAACUUCGUGGUGAUUCUGCUGAUUGGCUGUCAUCGGCAGCUGCGCACUCCCUUCAACCUGCUGCUGCUGAACAUGUCCGUGGCAGACCUGCUGGUGUCCGUGUGCGGCAACACGCUGUCCUUCGCCUCCGCCGUCCGACACCGCUGGCUGUGGGGCAGGCCCGGCUGUGUCUGGUACGGGUUCGCCAACAGCUUGUUCGGUAUUGUAUCACUGGUGACCCUUAGUGCCCUGGCGUUCGAGCGGUAUUGUGUAGUGGUGCGGAGUUCAGACAUGUUGACCUACAAGUCUUCUCUAGGCGUCAUCACAUUUAUCUGGCUCUACUCUCUCCUGUGGACGAGUUUGCCACUGUUGGGCUGGAGCAGCUACCAGUUCGAAGGCCAUAAUGUCGGUUGUUCUGUGAACUGGGUGCAGCAUAACCCGGACAAUGUGUCCUACAUCGUGACCCUGAUGGUGACAUGUUUCUUCGUACCGAUGGUGGUCGUGUGUUGGUCGUACGCCUGGAUUUGGCGCACAGUACGGAUGAGUUCGGAGGCAAAGCCUGAAUAUGGGAACUCCCAGAACGCUGGUCGUCUGGUCACUACGAUGGUCGUGGUCAUGAUCAUUUGUUUCCUGGUCUGCUGGACGCCGUACGCCGUCAUGGCACUCAUCGUCACAUUCGGCGCGGAUCACCUGGUGACACCGACGGCUUCCGUCAUCCCCUCGCUGGUGGCCAAGUCCAGCACGGCCUACAACCCCAUCAUCUACGUGCUGAUGAACAACCAGUUUCGAGAGUUUCUGCUGGCUCGUCUGCAGAGAGUCUGUUGCCGUCAGCAGGCCGUGCCGCGGGUCACACCGCUGGACUACAACGUGCACGUCCGGCUUGGUGGAGAGGGUCCCAGCCAAGCACAGCAGUUUCUUCCGGCCGGGGAAAAUGUCGAAAACUUUGAAAUGUUGAAAUGUGUGCAGGAGAACUGCAAACUAAAAGCAGACUCACUCUCCACUAUAUCAGAGUAGGCGUUCGUGUGUGCCAUAUGUAAUGAAUUCAUGAGUAUU